AUAGCAGCAACAGAUAGGUAGGGCAAAUCUCUGCUGCCUCCACAGGCUUCAUUCACUUCCGCCAGAGAAGCCGCCGCCGGAAUGGUCUCGCUAAAGUUGCAGAAGCGGCUCGCCGCCAGCGUGCUCAAGUGCGGGAAGGGCAAGGUUUGGCUGGAUCCUAAUGAGGUUAACGAGGUCUCCAUGGCAAACUCUCGACAAAACAUCAGGAAAUUGGUCAAGGAUGGGUUUAUUAUUAGGAAGCCAACCAAAAUUCACUCACGGUCUAGAGCUCGAAGAAUGAAGGAAGCCAAGAGGAAAGGGCGUCAUUCUGGAUAUGGUAAACGUAGGGGUACAAGGGAGGCAAGAUUACCCACUAAGGUGCUUUGGAUGAGGAGGAUGAGGGUCCUCAGGCGUUUGCUUCGCAAGUAUAGGGAGUCAAAGAAAAUCGACAAGCACAUGUAUCAUGAUAUGUACAUGAAAGUAAAAGGAAAUGUUUUCAAGAACAAACGUGUGUUGAUGGAGAGCAUUCACAAGUCAAAGGCAGAGAAGGCAAGGGAGAAGACUUUGUCUGACCAGUUUGAGGCCAAGAGAGCCAAGAACAAAGCUAGCAGGGAAAGAAAGAUUGCAAGGAGGGAGGAGCGCCUUGCACAGGGACCAGGAAUGAAAUCUGCACCACCUGCUGCAGCCCCGGCCCCUACAUCUCAGUCUGCACAGGGAAAUAAGAAAGCUAAGAAGUGAUCCUUGAUGACCGGUAGCCUCUCUGGUCCCUGGUAUGGUUUUGGUAGUUAAGUCAAGAAUAACUUAUUAUUAAUUAAUGCCUUCUCCUUCCUAGCAGUAGCAAUACAUUGAUUUACACCUCAUUUUAAAUGCAUUACUGUCAUUUCUUA